AUGUAUUGGUCUGUGCAGGAGAGCAUGAUCAUCAGCAUGAAGCUUCUUCUGAUAGUUGUUGUGCAGCUGACCUUCUUCGACAAUAUGUUGAUGACGCUACGCUGCUUUGUCUUCGCAAUCAACCCGACGAGUUGGACCGAUGUCAAGCGCAUCGACCCCGACGACCCAAGGAGAGGUCCGUUUCCAAGGAGGAAAAAGGCCGACCGAGAAGCAGUCCAUUGA